GUCAGCUGCCUUUCUCGGGCGUCUCCCCGCAACCUCCUCAAUUUCCCUUGUCCGUGACGCGGCGCUCUGGAGAAAUUCGACGGGACAGUCACCAGGGGCCAGGGAAACGUGAGCCGCAGCUAAAAGAAGAUGGAUGCACAGAAUUCAGCCAAAGUCAACACAAGGAAGAGGAGGAAAGAGACACUUGGACCCAAUGGGGCAACAGAAGAAGAUGGAAUUCCUUCAAAAAUGCCACGCUGUGCAAUUGGUUUACGGCAGCCAGCGCCUUUUUCUGAUGAAAUUGAAGUAGACUUUAGUAAGCCCUAUGUCAGGGUAACUAUGGAAGAAGCCAGCAGAGGAACUCCUUGUGAACGGCCUGUGAGAGUUUAUGCAGAUGGAAUAUUUGACUUAUUUCAUUCUGGUCAUGCCCGGGCUCUGAUGCAAGCAAAGAACCUUUUCCCUAAUACAUACCUCAUUGUGGGAGUUUGCAGUGAUGAGCUAACACACAACUUCAAAGGCUUCACCGUGAUGAAUGAAAAUGAGCGCUAUGAUGCAGUGCAGCACUGCCGCUAUGUGGAUGAGGUGGUGAGGAAUGCCCCCUGGACCCUGACACCAGAGUUCCUGGCAGAACACCGGAUUGAUUUUGUGGCUCAUGAUGACAUCCCUUAUUCUUCUGCUGGGAGUGAUGAUGUUUAUAAGCACAUCAAGGAAGCAGGCAUGUUUGCUCCAACACAGAGGACAGAAGGUAUCUCCACAUCAGACAUCAUCACUCGAAUUGUCCGUGACUAUGAUGUGUAUGCCAGGCGGAACCUCCAGAGGGGCUACACAGCAAAGGAACUCAAUGUCAGCUUUAUCAAUGAGAAGAAAUACCACUUGCAGGAGCGAGUUGACAAAGUAAAGAAGAAAGUGAAAGAUGUGGAGGAAAAGUCAAAAGAAUUUGUUCAGAAGGUGGAAGAAAAAAGCAUUGACCUCAUUCAGAAAUGGGAAGAGAAAUCCCGAGAAUUCAUUGGAAGUUUCCUGGAAAUGUUUGGUCCAGAAGGAGCGCUGAAACAUAUGCUGAAAGAGGGGAAAGGCCGGAUGCUGCAGGCCAUCAGUCCAAGGCAGAGUCCCAGCAACAGCCCCACUCGUGAACGUUCCCCCUCUCCCUCUUUCCGAUGGCCCUUCUCUGGCAAGACUUCCCCGCCUUCCUCCCCAACAAACCUCUCCAGACACAAGUCUGCGGCCUAUGAUAUCAGUGAGGAUGAAGAAGACUAAAUUUUCAUCUCUCCUUUCUCCUCCCUUCCCUCUGUCCCAACCUUCAGAAGCUCUCUGUUGAAUUCCAGAUUGUGAUCCCAACACUAAUCCUAAGGACAGCUACAAAGGAAAGACAGUUGGGGCAAGAGGACUUAGGAUGGGGGGACCAGACAGCCUAUCCUCGGAGAGACAUCACCCAUCCCCACCAAGAAGGAGGCUAACUACAUCUUAGAAGUCUGUUCUGCAUUCAUAUACCCUCCCCAUGGACUUUGCUUUACUGUUUAUGUUCAUGUGCUCUUGACAGGGAAAUUGUCAUUUUUAUUAAUUUUUUAAAAAUUAGUCUUUCAAAUGUAGUAAGUAGAACUAAUUUUUUGCCCCCGAGGAGUGGGCAGAAGGAAGUGGUGUAAUACCCAGAGGCCUUUUCUUCCUGAUACACCAUAGUGUUUGCCUUCUAUUCUCAGGCAAACUGUCUUGCCAACUCCUUCAGGCAGUGAGCCAUGCUGAUGGGUGAUUUGGAGGGGAAAUACCAUAAUCUUGGUUUCCUUUUUUUAAAAAAGCUAAAAGCUGAGUAACAGCCACAAAUCCCCAGUGUAUACUGCUGGCACGUGUGUCCGUUUGGCUGUGGGAAGAAGGAGAUCUGAGUCUGACUUUUCUUACUCCCUGAGGAGUUUCUUGUUGGACCCAAUGGGGUCCAUGAAGACACUGAUGGGGAUGGAACCAGACCACAUGGCAUCAGCUGCGGUUUCUAUGCUGUGUUCAUCUCUCAGAAAAUUCUGUUGCCCAGUUAUUUGGGAGCUCUCGUCAAUCUCUUUUUUGUAAUCUUUAAAUUCUUCCUGCCUUUAAAGGGAGGAACACUUUCAGGUUUACUCUGAUUGAGGAGGGGAGUUGUACAAUACUCAAACCUAUACAAAAUCAGUUUAAUUUUCCUCUGGGAGUAAGUCCCUAGCCCUACUACUCCUAUCUUAAUACUCAUUUCCUAGCUUUUUACGAAGGAUACUUUGUAAAUGUCUGCAGUUUGAACAUGAUCUGUUAAUCCAUGUUGCUCAUAACCAUAUUGAAUAUUGAGAGAGGUUUGCAGAGAACAUAGGUGCAAAAGCAUAAGGAAACAUACCCCUUUUUAAAGCCUUAUCUUGACCUCUUCCCCUUGUAAUAGUAUCCUUGACUGGAACCAGUGCCCCAUAAGGUGUUUCUUUUCCCCACGGAGUUGGCAUCUGGCAGAGACUCCCAUCACUGCCCCUCUAGCAAGUCACCAGUGGCUCACAUUACAAGAGUGUGGUAGAUUCCCUCCUUCUCCCUCUGCCUGCCCCCAUUUCCCCUGUUACGCUGCCCAGGGGAUUCCACUUAAAUUUCACAUCAGAGAAUGCUGAAGCUUAAGCACUUGCUGUUGAGCAUGAGCUCCUUUUCAAUGUGUAGUAUCCUACAGCACAUGACCUAGCAGAUCAUUAUCUAUCAUAAUCCUAAUCCUUAUCAUAUCAUAAGGUUCAGGGGAAAUUUGCUUCUGUCUAGGGCCCAUCUCAUCACUCAUAAAUACCCCUUGUAGGGGUGGAGUUUUAGUGUUUUCAGCUAAGAAAACCACAUUUUAUCUUUCCUUGCCCCUCUGCUAAGGUUGUGAGCAUCUCAUAGUCCCUUUCCUGAACACUUUCUGGUAAAACUUGCUCUUAUGCCUGAGGGCCAGUGGCUAGAGUUACUGCCUGCCUGCACAGCAGGACUACCUAGGUUCUUAAAACUUACAUCAUCCAGAGAAGCAAAACGCAGCAGAGUAGAGGAAUAAACAGGGUGAACCUCUUGUUGUCCUGAUGGCCCAUGAAAGUUACAUUUCUGACUCUUCUCAUGAAGGGCUAUUUUUACUAUCAAAUCUAGUUUACACAGGCUUUGGCUUGAAACCCUUUUUUUUUGGAACUGUUGAAGUUAAUGUUUUCCUAUAAUACCAGCUUCGUAGGAUCACAUAUUUAACUUUUCUGCUUCAGUCUUCCCCUUUUGGGAAUUCUACCCAUUUCUGUUGAUAGAAAAACAGUGAAAUCACCACUGAAACCCACCACCUACAUUUUCUCUCAAAAUACAUGUUGUCCAAGUAUAUUUGGAAAGGGAGGCAAUCAGAAUGUGAUUUUCCUCCCUGUAGUCACUCCUCACAGGUAUUGUCUGGGUCCCAAAUGUUUGGCCUUCCUUCUCUGCUCUGUAGAUGGGCUGCUUUUGGCAUAUCCUGUCCUUGGAGUAUGACCUCUAGGCUAACAAGCUCCAUGAGACUGCUAGCACCGGCAUGUGCACGUGUUGUCGGAAAACUCUCACCCCUUCUGGUGAGCCUGUAUAGCCUCAGUCUCCUAACACAGUAUAUCUCUGUGAAAUUUUGACUAAAAGCAAAAAACUUGAUGGCAUGGCAUGCUAGGUACUUUGGGAUAAACGUGAUCCUACAUGCUGGACAAUGGUGGGUGGGUGGAGGAAGUUGUUGGGAUGAUGCAUUAUUUGAUCAUUUGUGCCUAAUUAAAUGAGGUUAGAGGUUCACAUUCCACAACUGUGUGUGUGAUGUGUAAAUCUUUAAAUACUGUUGUUAAUAUUAAUUUUUAACAUUAAUUUUAAUAUUACUUAAGCCCUAAAUCUCACAAGCAAAGCUGUCAGCCUGAAUAGGCCAAAUGUGGCAGAAAUGGGAGAGCCUUAAAAGUUGGUUGGCCUUAUAGCCUCUCUCUGUAAUAGAAGGAGAAGGGAGACAGAAGCCUUGUAGCCAGUGCUGAGGAGGUGCCAUUUCAUCAGUUACCUUGAGAUGAGCUGGGCAGAAAGUUUGCUUUUUUCAUACACUAGAUUCCAUAGCACUGAAGGGUAGAGGUUGAAAUUUUAGAGGUGUAGAAAUGGAUCAUUUGUACUGCUCCAGCUGCUUCUGAUCGCUAGAGCCAAAGACCAUUAUUUCGAUGAGGCUUGGGUAAGAAGGUUGGGGAUGUGAGGAGGUUGAAAGUCCUGAAUAAGAGAAAAAAUUUGAGGGAGGUCAAGAGAGCUUUUGACCUUUUCUGAUCACUGAUAACAUCGCAGGCAGCACCUGAGUUACAUUUUUCUUAUUUGUGACCACACAGCUGUCCAGGAAGUCUUUGAAUAUUCCAUCCUCAAUGAUUUCUUCACAGUGCUUUGUAUUCUGUCUUGAUUUAUGGGCAGUUUUUGUUUUUCUGGAGCUCAUUGCCUUAUUAAUCCUGUUUUAAACCCUAUAUCUAAAAUCUUUCCAAAUCAAGUCUAUUUUGCUGCUUUUGUUUAAUUUCCUAAAAGCCAUAGCUUUUACAUGUUCUGUCAGCAGACUAUCACCAGAAGUUGAGCCAAUGCAGGUAGGAGAAAAGCUCCCUUAACAAUGUUUUUAACUAAUGGUAUUUUUUUCAAGCUUAUCAAUAUAAGUAUUUUUAAAGGUAUAUUUUUCAAGGUCAUACAAUGAUUGUUCUUGUUUUCUCUCAUAGAAUAGAUUGUCAUGGGAUAAAGACUGGUCCCUAGCUAUUAUUUUUGCAAAUAAAUAGAACAUGUUUUGGGGAUUAUACUGUUAAAUGUUAAUUUUCUUUAAAAGAAAGAAGAAAGAUAUUCUGUCUGCCAAAGUUUAAUGUUAGUACUUAGAUUUGGGUAGAAAACAAAAGUAGUUGGUUUAACAUUAAAAUGACUGCAGUUCUGUUUACUUAGCUUUCAAGUGGGCUUUCUCACCAUUCUUAGGGAGACACUGACUGUUUUGAACACAGAGAUUUGAUUGGUUGAGUUGUUUUGUAUUGUGGAUCCUGAGAAGAGUGUUGGAAAGAAAUACUGGCCUUGGCAUGAAUGUUGGCCCCAUCACCAGUGCUGGUGUCCACAAGGACGUUUUCCUCAAUCGGUGUUCAGUAUAUUUUUUUCCUGUCUGAGUGUUACUAAAUUGUUAUUGUUCAGUUAUUUUGGCUUUUGUCAUUAGCCAAAUAAAGGCAAAGU